UUAGUUGCUGUCAAUGCAACCGAAAAGGUCGUCUGCUACUACAACCACACAAGCUUCCGACGACAAACGCCGAUGUCCUUCCGGACCGGCCAUGUCCCUGUGUCAUUCUGUACGCACGCCGUGUACGCUUCAGUCGGAAUCAGCGACGACCUCGAACUCAUCGCCAAGGAGCCAGAGUUUGAUAUUGUGCAGGGGGGCCUUAUCAAAUUUGCUGCCCUCAAGAAGACACAUCCUCACCUUACUGUUCUUGCUGCCAUCGGGGAAGACAUGAAGGACUCGAGGGCUUUCAAGAUGAUCUCUAAGAAUGCCGAGGACAGAAAGACCUUCGCCAAGAAUGUCCAAUUUUGGUUAAACCGCUUCAGCUACGACGGAAUAGUGGUGCACUGGAAACAGUACCACCAGUCACAGGCAGCCCAUUACCAAGACGAACUGAACAGAAUUGUAGCCACGCUGCGUCAAACCCUAGGUUCCACGCGACGAAUCUACAUCGGCGUCCCUGACGACCAAGAAAUAGCUCACUUCGACCUGGUAACCUUAUUCCAAAGCGUGGACCAGUUUUUUGUCUUACCCUAUUGGAUGCUCCAGGAAGACGGCAGAACCGUAAUGAAUAAGACGAAGAUGACGGCCUUCCCACAUCCCCUAGACGACGUCCUGAGGACCAAGCACUCACUCGUUUCCGCGGGAAAGGAAGCACUCUUCCACAAAUUCUGCUUUGUCUUCUCCAUCGCCGGCAGGUCUUAUACUCUUGCUGAUGGCAAUCACUACGAGAUUAACUCGAAUGCUUUAGGUCCUGGUAAGCCCGGACCGUUCACUGGGACCCCUGGUCUCUUGGCGUUCUACGAGAUCUGUAACAGGACAUGGACCACGAGAGGGAAGGGGACCUACGGGUCGUACGCAGUCGAGGACGACCAAUGGAUCGGCUACCUCGAUGCGCCGAGUCUCGAGCGAGUGCUGCGAAUGGUGCUGUGGAAGCAUAAGGCUGCGUGCGUGGGCAUCUGGGACGUGUCUCUUGAUGACUUCAGAGGCGUCUGCGGAGAUCCGUUCCCGCUGACGAAGGUCAUCGCUGGUUGGCACGAUCGGAGUGUGGUGUAG